GGAAGCAAAACGAAAGUAGGAUUGCGACAUUUGUAAACUGAACAUUAACAACGGACAGGAUUAUCAUGUUGGGUUGUUUACUUAACUAAUUGUGUCUUGAGUACCAAAGCAAUAUUGUCAGGAAUAUUUAUCAAACUCUUUUAUGAAGUAAAGACUUUAAAAAAUAAUCAGUACAGUACUUGACAGAUUAAGAUGGGAUCAAAACCUAGCACAGGGAGACAUGAAUCCAAGCCCGAGCACGAAAAACCUUCCGUUCAACCGCAGUCAAAACCAACCAAAACUGUGGGAUCUGGAGACACGUUCUCCCCCCAUGAAGUUCCGGAAAUGUCCGACAAGCAUGACAUAAAGCGACAAGAGUCAGUCUCCAACAGAGAUCUCAUGAUCAGCUACAGCCACGUUGACAAGGAAAUGAUGGCCAAACUGAGAGAGAGCCUGGAGAAGAAUGGAAUCAGUGUCUGGGUGGAUGUGGUGGGACUCGGUGCAGGUGUCGACUUCCUCAGUAAAAUAGGCCAGGCUAUCCUGGAAGCAAAGUUGUUUAUAUCUCUAUUGAGUACGUCCACGGUGAAAUCAAAGUACUGCCAGGAUGAAGUGGCUCUGGCUUACAUUUCCCAGAAGGCAAUAUUCCCUGUAGCAAUACAAUCUCAGGAAGAAAUAUAUGCCAUCAUGGACACUGGAAUGAAACUACAAUUGGCCAGCUUAGAAUGGACCUUUAUAGAUCCAGAAAAUUUUGAUGAAGGCUUCAAGGAAUUGCUGCCAAAACUCAAAGCAGAACUUGAAGAUCAGGAAAAAGAAGUAAAUCAAGGUCAUCAGGUGAAAAAGAGAUUGAAAGAACGGCAGAAGAAGUUUAAGAGGGAGGUCUCUCUCCACCUUGAUCCUCAUUUGUCAGAGAGCCCGAACGUGUACUGGAAUAAAUUCUACAAAAACAAGGAGAACGUGGAUUUGAAUCAAUUUGCUGAGGACUUCCUGAAAUAUUUCAAGGAAGACUUGAAUAAUGUGUAUCCAGCAGAAGACCAAACAUGGCUGAUCGACAACUUGAAAGAAGAGGUUGCCAUGUCUAUUGAUUCUGACGCCAAAGAAAUCACCCCAAAGAGUCUUGCUGAUUUUUGUACAGUAGAUGGGGAAGAGCAGGCGCUGUGGCAGAGGGUGACUUCCUAUGCUCAGGACAUGUACGCCAUGAAAGAUGUGUUUGCUAUGGAUUCUACUGUGAGGGUUGACGCCAUAGAAAAUCUAGGCAAAUACCAAAGUGCAUCAGUCAUCAAUUCUUUAAAAGACCUUCUAAGAAAUGAAGAUUCCAACAUCAGAGCCGUGGCAGCUGUGUCCCUUGCCAAGACAGGAAACCAGGACAAGUCCACCAUUAAUGUCCUCCUCAAGUGUCUGAAUGACAAAGAUCGCUUAGUCCGGGAGUCUGGGUGUUUGGCACUUGGACACAUGAAGGCCAAGAGAGCUGUGCCAAAGCUUCUCCAUUUGUGGAGGAAUGAUUUUAUCUCCCACGUAAGAGAAGCAGCACAGACCGCUUUGAUCCAGAUUGGAGGGGAGCAGGUGGACAAAGCCAUGCACAUCACCAAGGUUCUGGCUGAGGAAAUUCGCCUGCUUACAGAGGAGACCUAACUUGUACCCAGAAUGCACCACUUUAAUCUGCAUCUAAAACGGUGCAUGCAAAUAAUGCUCAACUUUUAGUACAAAUAUUGGGUAAUAUAUUAUAAUAAACUCUCAGUCCCUCUUUUCAUGUGAUUUGGAAGCAAUUAAUCAGUAUGUGUGUAAAGUUGUUGUUUAAAUUAGGGGUUUUUCUUUCACAACUGCACAUAGUAAUGUAACAAGGUGCUAGCUAUGAUGUAUAAUUAUAUAGAAGUAGAAAUAUUUCAUGUAGCACAUGUACAUGUAUAAUAUAGUUUUACAAUUCCAUAUACCAUAUACAUUUAAAUUUGAUUAUUUUUUAAUCUGGCCCAUUCAAGGUUCCAAUACAUGUGUAUAAAAUGUCCCAGCAUGUUCUUGCUGUUUUCAGCCUUGAAUUUCCAUGCAUAAUGCUAAGAUUUGUUUUUAUUUUUUUUAAACAGAAAGAAUCAUUCUUGCCAAAUGAAUUUCUAUAUGGCCAGUUCAUUCUCUUCAGUUGUUGUAAGGAACUUAAUUUAUAUGAUAAGGGCCUUAAAUUGUUCCUAAAUGAAUAUAGCUAUAAAGAUCGACCCACACUAACUAUUGAAGGUCAGUAAUUGCAAACAAAGAAUUUCUUUCAAUUUAAAUUGAGUUCAUAAUGUUAACCUUUUUUCACCACUUUUGCAUAAAACCCUUUAUUUUCCUUCUGGGCUUCUAUUGUCAAUUGAAAAAAAAAACUUUUGAUGAAAUUGAAAAAAUAAGUGUAAUUUCUGGUGCGAUAUACUGUAAACCCACUUUUAUUCGCAUGCGAGAAAUUCGCGAGGUUCGCUAGGGCCUCGUCGCAAAUAUUUCUCGCCACGAUGUCGUCUGGUUGUUAUAACAAAACAGGUUUGGAUAUGGCUUGAUUGCGAACAUUAGUCGUCGCGAAUCACUUUUGCAUGAGUAAAUCGUGAAAUAAAGUCCUCGCGAAUAAAAGUUGGUUUACAUUAUACAGCCAGUGAAUGCAGAAAAAAAAAAGAAAUGGAUGAAAAAUAGAUCUUAUUUGAACUCUUCUAGAAAAUAACAAAACAAUCUAAGGGAUAAACCCUGAAAAAAAAAGUUGAUUAAUGGAGACCACUGGAAUUUUUUUCAGAUUUCAGGCUACAUUUAAAAGACAAAGCAUAAAUUCAUACAGUUUUUAGCUCACCUGAGCUGAAAGCUCAAGUGAGCUAUUCUGAUCACAUUUUGUCUGUCGUCCGUCUGUCUGUCCGUCCGUCCGUCCGUCCGUAUGUCCGUCUGUCUGUAAACUUUUCACAUUUUCAACAUCUUCUCAAGAACCACUGGGCCAAUUUCAACCAAACUUGGCAAAAAGCAUCCUUAGCCUAAGGGGAUUUAAAGUUGUGAAAAUUAAGGACCACGCCCUUUUGCAAAGGGAGAUAAUUAGGAAUUUAUGAAAAUUUUCGAGAAAUUUUCAAAAAUCUUCUUCUCAUGAACCAUAAAACCAGGAAAGCUGAAACUUGUGUGGAAGCAUCCUCAGGUAGUGUAGAUUCUAAUUUGUGAAAUUCAUGACCCCCGGGGGUAGGGUGAAGCCACAAUGGGGGGUCAAAGUUUUAC